AUGGCGGUCGCUCUGCCCAAAUACUCAUCAGACGGGAUCGCUUACACCGACGACGAAUGGACUCGUCGUCUUUUCACUUCUCAGGUCAACCUUGGUGGCGCUGCAGAUGUCAUGUCACGACGGCCCGCGGUAACGGCUCUUUUCGACGUACAUGAUCGAGAUCGAUCCCCCCCUCUCCAUCCCCGUCUCCAAGUUGGGGAUGGGUCUGCUGUGAGAUCCGUGCCACGCCUAUCGCUGCCUGCCCUCGCUAAUGUUAUAUCAAGUGCCCUUGGAACGCCUCUUGACUGGCCCGACGCCAAGAAGGUUGCCGGCCAGGUCAGGUCAUGGGGGAUUGAACAACUGCUCGCCAUAUGGCGCAAUGCCAAAGCCAAGGAGAGGGACGCGCUCCUUUGGGGAGAUGAGAUCGAGUACCUGGUUGUUUGCUAUGAUCAAAACAACCGCAAGGUCAGACUGUCACUACGCCAAGCAGACAUUCUAGCUGCCCUUGCCAAUGAUGAGAAGCUUCUGCAGCAGGGAGGGGGAGUGCCUGACCUCCAGGCCGGAAAUGCCGAGGCAAAGGAGAACCCUGCCCCCGUUUUCCACCCCGAGUUUGGAAGGUUCAUGCUUGAAGCGACUCCAGGAAAGCCAUGGGGCAUCGGCUUCAAGGAUCUGCUAGAUGUCGAACCAAACAUGAAGUGGAGACGAACCAUAGCCAAGGAUCAUAUGGCCCAGACCGAGUUCCCGAUCACGUUGACAACAUUUCCCCGUCUUGGAUCGACCGAUUGCAUUGUGCCCUCGUAUCCUGUUUCGGGGCCUAAGCUCCGCUCCCAGUUUGUCCCCGAUGAGAUUGCGAACCCCCAUAUCCGCUUUCCAACUCUAGCGGCAAACAUUCGCUGGCGGAGAGGCAGAAAAGUACAGGUCAAUGUACCAGUUUUCAGAGAUGAAAACACACCGUGGCCCUGGAAAGAUCCUACUGUCAACUAUGAUUUGCAUAACUGGCCGGAAGAUGAUGACGUCCGCAAUGGUGCUGCAAAAGACAAUUACAUCCAUAUGGAUGCCAUGGCUUUCGGCAUGGGAAGUUGUUGUCUACAGAUCACGUUCCAAGCGAAAAAUAUUGAAGAAGGACGAAAAAUGUAUGACCAGCUCAGUCCUAUAGCCCCUAUCUUGCUUGCAUUGACGGCGGCGACGCCAAUCUACAAGGGUUUCCUGGCCGACACCGACGUGCGCUGGAACCAGAUCAGCAAUGCAGUUGAUGAUCGCACACCAGAGGAACUCGGAGAGAAGCCGUUGCAAAACGACCGUUGGCGACUCCCCAAGUCCCGCUAUGCAUCCAACUCAACGUACAUAUCCCAAGAUCCGCGUCUCCGGCCUGAGUACCUCGACCCGGAUCUCAUCAUUGAUACCGAUAUCAAGAAGCGCCUAGUUGAAGGUGGCAUGGACGACCUGCUAGCAACCCACUUCGCCCACCUCUUCAUUCGGGAUCCCAUUGUUGUGUUCGCCGAAGACCUCAAGGAGCUGGACCUCACUAAAGCCGAUCACUUUGAGAAUCUGCAGUCGACCAACUGGCAGCACAUGCGCUUCAAGCCACCGCCAGCAGGCUCCGAUAUGGGCUGGCGAGUCGAAUUCCGACCCAUGGAAAUCCAAAUCACCGAUUUCGAGAAUGCAGCGUUUUCCAUCUUCAUUGUGCUACUCACGCGCGCAAUCCUUUCUUUCAACCUCAACUUCUACAUUCCCAUCACCCUCGUGUCAGAGAACAUGGAAACAGCACACAUCCGUGACGCCGUAUCGACUCAGAAAUUCUGGUUCCGCAAGGACCCCUUCUCGACACACAAGUCAAGCGGCACGGGCACCUCCACGCCCGCAGAGACCUUCAGCAGACCAACAACACCCACUGGCCCUAUCGAGGACGAAUACACACAAAUGACCAUCAAUGAAGUCAUCAAUGGACAGACCACGUCAGACGGUGACGGCUUCCCUGGUCUUAUCCCGCUCGUCGAAUCAUACCUCAAUAGUAUGAACGUCGAUGUCGAGACGCGCUGUGAUCUCGCUACCUACCUCGACUUGAUUUGCAAGCGCGCAAACGGCACGUACUGGACGGCGGCGAAGUGGAUCAGGCAUUUCGUCCAGUCGCACCCAGAGUACAAGAAGGAUAGUGUGGUGAGCGACGACAUUACAUACGACCUUGUCAAGGCUGCCGAGCAGAUUACAAAGUCAGAGGGUCGUGAUGGAUUGGGAGUUGAGAUGCUGGGAAGGCGUCGCUGAGGGACAGAGUGGGGGUAAAACAAAAAACGAUUUUGGUACAUAGACGAUGAAUGUACAUAGAUGAAAAGAGAAGUAGACAAUCUGCAAUUAUUUGUCUUUAUA